AUGAAGUCUUCGCUCACUCCCUCGCCGAAUCCGACGACGCCCUUCCGCUACAAGGCUAUGAGUGCCCGAGACAUCUCUCGGCUGCGCGAGUCCAAGGGCAAAGCCGCAGUUGGAGGAGGCGCAGAAGGCGCUUACGAUGACGCAGGGGGCCAGGAGGAGGGAGACGAGGGGGAAGGCCUCGACGGGGCGCCCUACGACGGGGACGGCGAAGAUAACUGGGGAGGAUCUGGAGAAGGCUUUCUUCAGAUGCGAAGCUGGGAAGGCAGAACAACGGGCGCCUCUGAGCCGGCAAGGAACGCCGGAGGGUGGCGGCGUUCUACCGGGAACACAGAAAAGUUCGGCAAAGACUCGCCUGUUACCACGGCGGCUCGGGCUCAGGAAAUACGCAGGAUGCCUGACUCUCGGCUUGUCAGCUUCCUCGAACAGAUGCGACAGCAGAGGCGAGCAAGAAAGGCUCCGGGCGGGCAAUCUGCCCACAAUUCUCCCUCAUCUCACACACGCUUUUCCGCGGCUUCAGGCGCCUCUCCAUCUUCUUCCUCUCCUUCCCCGUCUUCCGCUCUUCCACUGCCUCUCUCUUCCUUUUCGUUUCUGAGCGCCAUGGCGCCCUCCUGGGACAACGAGUAUGGAGAAGGCGACGACUACGGAGAGGGCGAUCAAGCGUCGAUGCUGGGAGAGUACGACGACAACGAAGGGGAGGGUGAAGGGUACGGCGGCGGGGCGUACGGCGGCGGCGGGGCGUACGGCGGCGGCGGGUCUCGAGCGAAGUCAGGAAAACCGGUUUUCUUGAAGUUUGACGAGACGCGCGUGUACCGCAUUGUGCCGAACUCCCUGCUGGGCGACGUCGGCCGCUGUGCGACGGACUCGAAGAACUACAUGCGCCUUCAAGUGACCAUGGCGCUACAGCCACGCCGCUUCCGCCUCAGUUUAGCCGCAGCCAAGAGGCUCAUGGGCUUGAGGGCUGCGAAGCCGACGCCGAGGAGCACUCCCGGAGAGGGAGGAUACGUGGAAGAUGACGACUACGACACACCGGGACACGACCAGUUCCAAGGCUUCGUUCAGCUCGGGAGGGACACCCGAGAGCGGCCCGUAGAGACGGCGGGAAACGACGAGCGGGAAACAGAGAGCCGCGAACAAGAAAUCUACAAGCAGGGGCUGGACGUUCGGCCACGUGGACGGGAGAUUUUGAGAGAAGCAGCAGAAGAAAGAGGCGACGGUCGCGGCCCACACAGCGAACAAACUCUCGGCGCCGUUUUCCCCGGUACCGCCGAACCGAGCAAAGAAGAAGGGAGUGGACCAGACCUGGGGGGUGGCCGCAGCACGGCUGGGGGAUCCCGUCUCUCGACGAUUUUCCGGUCCGAAGGUCUUGGAAGCGAGGCGCGCCAGGCCUUGUCUUUUGUUCAGAGUAAAAACUCCGAAUACGGCGAUGACGACGGGUAUGACGAGGACGACAGCGAAGGCAGAGGUCUUGGGAAGAAGGUAAAAGGUUUCUUUGGAGGCAUGAAGCGGAUGUUUUCGCGCAAAAAGGGUAACGAUGAGGACGACAGUGAGGACGGUGGUGACACCACAGACUACGACACCGACGAAUACCCGCCUGAUCAUGAAGGCGACGCACCGCCGUCGCCAAGGGGGAAGAAGUCGGGCGGCAUUAUAAGCAAGAAGAUCCGCGGAAUCUUUAGAAGCAAGAGCCCGGAAGAGAAACGGUACAAGAAAGAGACGAAGAAGGCGAAGCGGGGGAUCCGGCGGAUUUCGCGCGUGGGCAUCGAUAUCGCCUUUCAGUCGCCCGCCGUCAAAAAGUGUGGAAAGUCUCUCACGUGGUCCGCGACCUUUCCAGCCUCCAAAAUUCUUCACUCGACCUUCUUCCUUCUUGCGCGACAGGGAGAGGUUGGAGGCCAACUCUCUGCCUUCAUCAAUUCAGGAUUCACGGUCACUAUCAAAUGCAAGACGAAAGGCGGCUGCAUGAUGAACGAAGUUCCCGUCUCUUGCGCGCUGGUCUCGUGCGUGAAGGCGACGCACAUCUCGACGGAGGCGAUCGAAGAGGCCAAGAAGAGGGCGACAGACGUGGCGGAGCACAACCUCAAGCUUGCUCAGCACUCCGCGCUGAUGCUGAGCCCCGCAGAACGGGCUCAGCGGGCGGCGGAGUACGAGCGAAAGAUCCAAGAGAAGCAGCAGGAGAUCGAGGCGGGCAACCUCACGCAGCAGCAAAUGUUGACUGCUCAGCAACAGCACUUCUUCUUGCAACAACAACUCGCGGCGAUCUCUUCUGCUCAGACCCCGCUCGAUCCGAUGCAGAUGAAACUUCUCGCAGCAGUUGACGGCACAGACGCCCAGGCGGGCACGACGAUGCAGGAGGCAGUCGCGGGUGCCGCAGAUGGGCACACGCUGCCUCUGCUGCAACAGAUGGUCGCCCUCGAUCCGAGGGGAGGCGGCGGAGGCCGACUCAUGACUGGAGGCGCGAUUGCUGCCUUGGCGAUCCUAGGCGCCCUCGGAGCGCUGGUGGUAGGCGUUGCAGCCUUCAAGUACUUUGGCAACAGACGUCGGCGCUGGUGA